AAGAAAAAAAAUAUAAUGAAUUAAAGUUUGAGAAGGAAAAACGUGUACACACCCACGAAGGUGAGGGGCCCCAUCCAAUCCACACGAAAUCCAUCCCCCCGCCGCGCGCGCCACCGCCACCGCCACCGCCACCCUCGCCGCGGCGCCGCCUCCACUCCACUCCACCGCCGCCGCCUAUAUAACCCACCUCCACCUCGCUUCCCCGGCCUCGACUCCACUGCUCCACCACCAUGCAGGCGCACGCCCACACGCUCGGGCUCCGCAUCUCCCCGCCGCCGCCUGCGCCGCCGCGGCGCCGCGCUCGCCCGCGCCGGCGCGCAGUCCGUGUCGCCGCGGCGGCGUCGGCGCCGCGGCGGGAGACGGACCCGAGGAAGCGGGUGGUGAUCACGGGGAUGGGGCUGGUGUCCGUGUUCGGGAACGAGGUGGACGCCUUCUACGAGCGGCUGCUCGCCGGGGAGAGCGGGGUCGGCGCCAUCGACCGCUUCGACGCCGGCGGCUUCCCCACGAGGUUCGCCGGCCAGAUACGCGGGUUCUCCUCGGAGGGGUACAUCGACGGCAAGAACGACCGGAGGCUCGACGACUGCCUCCGCUACUGCAUCGUCAGCGGCAAGAAGGCGCUCGAGAACGCCGGCCUCGGCAAGGGCUCCGAUGGCCACACCAAGCUUGACAAAGUCCGGGCUGGUGUUCUUGUGGGAACUGGCAUGGGUGGCCUCACUGUGUUUUCCGAUGGUGUUCAAAACCUUAUUGAGAAGGGAUACAAGAAAAUUUCGCCUUUCUUUAUCCCAUACGCUAUAACUAACAUGGGCUCGGCAUUGCUAGCAAUGGAUGCUGGUUUUAUGGGUCCAAACUACUCAAUUUCAACAGCUUGUGCGACCUCCAACUACUGCUUCUAUGCUGCUGCCAACCAUAUACGUCGGGGUGAGGCUGAUGUUAUCGUUGCUGGUGGUACUGAAGCUGCAAUUAUUCCAAUUGGCCUUGGAGGUUUUGUGGCCUGUAGAGCACUAUCGCAGAGGAACGAUGACCCAGAAACUGCAUCUAGGCCAUGGGACAAAGAGCGAGAUGGUUUUGUUAUGGGCGAAGGUGCUGGUGUACUGGUCAUGGAGAGCCUGGAGCAUGCGAUGAAGCGGGAUGCACCAAUAAUUGCUGAAUAUUUGGGAGGUGCAGUAAACUGUGAUGCUUACCAUAUGACUGAUCCUAGGUCAGAUGGACUGGGUGUAUCGUCCUGUAUUACUCAGAGCCUUGAAGAUGCAGGUGUUGCGCCAGAGGAGGUAAAUUACAUCAAUGCACAUGCAACUUCAACUCUUGCUGGUGACUUGGCUGAAGUAAGAGCCAUUAAGCAAGUCUUCAAGAAUCCAUCUGAUAUUAAAAUCAAUUCAACGAAGUCUAUGAUAGGCCAUUGCCUAGGUGCCGCUGGUGGGUUAGAAGCUAUUGCCGUUGUCAAAGCCAUAACUACUGGAUGGGUGCAUCCUACUAUUAACCAAUUUAACCCCGAGCCUGAAGUUGAUUUUGAUACAGUAGCCAACGAGAAGCAGCAGCACGAAGUGAAUGUUGCUAUCUCUAAUUCAUUUGGAUUUGGAGGUCACAAUUCAGUGGUAGUAUUUGCGCCAUUCAAGCCAUGAUUCCAAUUUUUUGCUUCAGAAAAUAUAUAGCCUGCAGCAUUUUCUGGCAGUUGGUAAUUAGUGAGGAAUUGCUAGAUGUAGCAUAUUUGAUUUUACCGGCCUCCAUCUUCAAGGGAGAAAUUUUGAUUUGAGUGUAACCGGAUUAUGAUCAUUAGAUGCCAAUUCUUUUCGGGUUCCCGUUGUGUAUGUUAUGGUGUGACAGAUCUGAAAUAGUGUAAAGACAUCAGUGAUCCAGCUUUGUCAUGUGUAAUUUGUUCGUUGCGUGCUUUAGCUUCAAUCUUCAAAGAAUAAUAAUUCAUCGUGCAGU